AAGGAAAAAGUUUGACUGGGUGGUUUCACAGGGAGCAGAAGCAUUUGAGUCAGGGCACACAUACCUCAGCUGUGAGAGGCCCUACUCCCCUUGGCUGGCUGGCAUCCCAGAGCAGAGGCAGAGAGAGUCGUAGUGUGUGAGACCGAGGGUGAAGAGAAAGUUUAAGAGUAAAGUAGACUAGGAAGAGGCAAACAAGUGGUCCAGAAAGUUGUCUGAAAGAAAAGAGAGAGGAUUAGGGACUGAGUUGUGUGCAGCGUAGCUCCUGCAGGUUGUUUUUCAGUAGUGUAUUUUUAUCUGUAGUGAGUGUGCAGGCGGUUUGUAUUUUUGGAGUUGACAGCCAUGGCGGAUACAGGUGUCAAGAAGGAGCACGCAGUCCUAGAAGAAGUGCCUUAUGAUGAUGACGAGGUAGCUCUGGUGAGUGCUGCCACCGAGCCAGCAGUAGAUGACGAUGAUCCUGCUGAGGAGGUGGACCUGGUGCUGGCCACUGGCUCUGGAGGCAAGAGUGAAGCACAGAUGAACGGGGUUAUGGUUCUGUCUCUGCUAGACAAGAUUAUUGGGGUGGUAGACCAGAUCCAGCACACCCAGAAUGGGCUCGAGGCCCGGCAGGAGGCCAUGGAGAAGUCAGUGUCAACCAUCCAAGGGGAGCUGGCUAAGUUGUCCAAGAACCACAUUGGCACAGCCAACACUGUCAACAAAAUGCUGGAAAAGGUACGCAAGGUCAGCGUCAACGUCAAGACGGUGCGCAGCAACCUGGAGAAGCAGGCAGGCCAGAUCAAGAAGCUGGAGAGCAACGAGAACGAGCUGCUCAAGAGACGCAACUUCAAAGUCCUCAUCUACCAGGACCAAGUGAAGCCGCCAAAGACAUCCAAACCCAAGACAGCAGCGACAGUGGCUGAAGGUAAAGCCGUGGAGGGCCUUGAGCAGAUACCUGAGGAGGGACUCCCAGACAAUCUCAAUUCAGAUGAGGAGGUGGAGAUUGAGGAGAUUGUCGAGGAGUCUCGUACCAAGCGCCUCCAACGUACCACCAAGCAGCAAGUGGACAACAUAAAGAAAGCCUUCUCCAAAGAGAAAAUGGAGAAGACUAAGCUAAAGACCAAGGAGAACUUGGAGAAGACCAAGCAGAGAACCCGCGAGAACUUGGAGAAGACAAGACAGAGAACCCGUGACAACCUGGAGAAAACCAAGCACAGCCUGGAGAAGAAGAUGGGAAAGCUCGGGACCCGCAUGACCCCCAACCAGGAACGCAGGGUGAAGAUGAAGAGCUCCAAAGAUAAGAUGAAGAAGUCCCUUACCCCUGACCACACGAUCUAUGCUCGCUCCAAGACCACUGUGUACCGCGUGCCCCCCUUCACCUUCCAUGUUAAGAAGAUUCGAGAAGGAGAGGCAGAGGUGGUGCAGAACACAGAGAUGGUGGAGGUGACCGAGGCCGAGGGCCAGCCAGGGGGAGAGGAGAAUGGGUUGGGUGUGCACGUGGAGGUGGAGGAAGGGGAGCUGGUGAGUGUAGACAGCCCAGAGAUGGAGGCUCUGUUGGAGGUGACUGAGGACUCUCAGCUGGUCAGGGUGGAGCCAGACCACCUAAAGAAGACCCAAAGCGAAUAGAGCGUCCCAGCUCUGCAGGGCUUUGAAGGGAGAGAUAAAAGGAUGAAGAGGGGAACAGAGUCUUGAUGAAUGAGUGUAAUCACAAGGACACAAUAGUAGUCAUAGGGACUUUCUAGACAUGAUCACAAUCGAAGACAUCUUAUUUGUUUUCUGUUCUCUUUUUAUUACACCCAACAGGGAUGACUUUCAUAUUUGCUCCUCUUUAGCAUACAAAUAAGAAAAACAAAACAAAAACAAGGCUAGCUUUUGAAACAUGCUACAGGCUGAAUGUUUAUCCUAGACUUGUGUGUUUAGGGUAUUUGCUGUUUGUUGUUGGUUUGAUAAAUUGAUAAAUUGAGUGGCUAAAGAACAAAAGGUAUAAAUAGUCUUUGUUAUUGAGAUGUAAUGUGUAAUAUAAAAUUUGCCAUGUAUGAUAUGCACAUUAAUAGGUAUGGUAACAGGAAGGUGUUGGCAGGAUUUAUGUUUUAAUGGAUGGUUUUAGUGAUGUACUGUGCACAUGUGAAACAAAACAAAAGAACAAGUAGACAAGCUUUAGGCCUACAGAAGAAAUAAAGAACUGAGGAGAUUAGAUGAGUGGGAAUGGACUUAAAAAUCUCUUCCUCAACUAAAGAGUUUACAAAAACAUUACCCCUGAUAUCGGUGUAGUCCCUCAUUCGUCCAGGAGUGUUCUAUCGUAGAAAAGGUUUCAGUCGUAGUCAUCUGGACACUGUUUUCAGAAUCAAGACGUUUCGGCUCCCAUCCGAACCCAAAAAUGGAACGGGAACUCCCUCAUCACUGUUAAGUACCUGAUUAGCAUAUGAUUGGCGUGACCAAAGUGCUAAUACACUGUGGUAAACUUUGGGCAGAUUGAAUCUCAGACCACCAUUUCUGUUCAAAGAGGGGUUCUCUUUUUUCACAACAAUGGCUUCCUUGACACCCCGUUCAAACCAACUCUUCUCUCUACUUAGAAUCUUCACCUCGCUGUCUUCAAAUGUGUGGUUUGUAGCUUUUAGAUGCAAAUGCACUGCGCUCUGCAAUUCACAUUUGAAGACAGCGAGGUGAGGUUCUAAGUAGAGAGAAGAGUUGGUUGCAGCCAGAAAACAAUAGGCCUUAUUACUGAUUACUGGGCCAUCCUGGAAACAAUUAGGUCAGUUUCAGGUGAAACCAGCUAAUCAACAGAUACUCAGGUAGACUCCUUCCUGAGGGCAGGGCUUAUGUAACACAGAGUAGUUUAAAUUUCUGAGUUCCCAUUCCAUUUUUUCACAAUUGAGAAUGACUUCCGGAUGGGAGCCGAAACGUCUUGAUUCUGAAAACAGUGUCCAGAUGACUAUGACCGAAACCUUUUCUACGAUAGCUGAAGUUACUGUUGUGAACUUGUGAUCAAUAAGAUAAGGCAACAAGUCAGUAUCCGGUAUGUACAUUUUUUUGUGCUUUGAUUAAAAAAGAUAGUGAUAAAGGAUCAUGAAGCCUUAAAAGAAUCAGUAGUCCACCACUGAGUUUGAAGUUAUACUAUAUUGUGAGGGGAAAUAUUUCUCUCUACUCUAUUGCUUAAUGCGUCACUCAUUCAAACUUUCAGCUAUAACAUAAGGAAAUACUCAAAGCUGAUAUCAAUGAAAUUUAGUAUGUAACCUUUGCUGUGGCGUAUAUUUACAAUGCAUGCUUGAAAACAAGGUUUGAUCAUCAUUUACUGUAAUGCUUUGAUGUACAGUAUAUUCACCAUGCUAUAUGUAUUACAUCUGGACACAUACUCACCAACUUCCACAUAGCACACUUCUGCACAGAGGAGAAGAAAAAUGAUUCUCUCACCAUGGUCACAGCUCAUCGCAGUACAUUUUACUAUUACAUUUUUCCAAGGUAAUUGCUACGUAACAUGCGGAGAUGCAAAUGUCAUCCUAAAUGCAGUCAAAGUGAGACAAGUCAAGUUUUAUGAAUGCCGUGGCACUUUAAUAAAUGUCAGAACACCGUAACAGGAUGAUCCAGUCCACAAACGUUUUUGCAGACCAGGUGCAAUCUUGUGUACUUCCUCUGAAUUAUAAAAGGAAUGUCUGACCAUAAUUUAUAAAAUGAGGUUAUUGUAAAUUAGAGAAGACGAUUGUGCAGGAUUAGAGGAAGCUAUGAUAAUUGGAUUGUAAUGAAUCUGAGCCUGAUGUAAAUUGGCAAUGGCAAUGUUCAAUCAUUGCCAUUAUUUUGAUCAUGAACGGCAAGCAAACAGGGCUCCGGACAGGAAGAAGGUGAAUGUACGGCUUCCAUUUUAAUCCCUUGAGAGCGUGUGUGAUCUUCAUAUGGUGUAGGCAUGCAGAAGCCCACUGUGUAGCAUGGAACCAUUAAAAUAAUCAAUGGGCUGGGGAAUGCAAUUAAAGAGAGUGCUCCCUCUGAGCACUGAGCAGCACAGAGAACAGUGAGAAGGACAGAGAAAAUGGAUGUGUAUCUGUCUUUGUGUUUGUGUGUGUGUGUGUGUGUGUGUGUGUGUGUGUGAGUGAGAUUGUGAAGAGUAAAUAUGUGCAUAGCAUAUAUACCCACACUGACAUUUUGGUGAAACUCCAAGUUUAUGUCAGCAUCAAGUGGAAAUUUCGGAAAAGCGCAAAGAAAUCAUUACAGGCCUGUGAAAUCACAUAUUAUUAUAGUAGUAUCUUUUUAUUGAUCUUUUGCCAAAAACAUCCCUAGUGCCUAGCACAUCAAACAUUGAAACACUUGUAAGAUAUUGGUCCCUUUUUAAAAUUGUGUUUUUGACACCAUGUAUAUUUUGCCUUGUUUUGAGCUACUGGUAAUCAAAAAACUGAACCAGGCUGCCAUAAGCGUGAGGUGGGUCAGAGCUUAUAAUAGUAUAGGUCACAGCUUAUAUAGAAAUAUUUUGAAAAAAAUAUCAGUCACACUGCUGCAACACAAUGUGUCACAUAAUUGCUCUUGGUGUUAUUGAUUCAUACUCAAGUAAUGAAGCUUUCCUUUUCUGUUGUGUUUAAGGCCUCUUUUGCCUGACCACUUAAAUAUAAAUAAAAGCUUACUGAAUAAUA